AUGCCUAAAGAGAAGCCUAAAAUAGGCUGCUAUGUGAUAAAUCUCGCUGUAAUGGCUGUGAUAGGCGGUUUUCUGUUCGGAUAUGAUACUGGCAUCGUAUCUAGUACAAUGCUAUAUGUAUCUCAAAAUACUGGCAUGAAACCAAUGAAUUCAUUAUGGAAAGAACUUAUUAUUAGUAUUACUCCAGGUUUUGCAUCAAUUGGUGCAUUGUUUGCCGGACAAGUAGCUGAUCGAUACGGCAGAAAAAAGGUGAUUAUCUUAUCCAGCAUGGUUUUCGUCGCAGGUGCUUUGAUAUGUGGAAUAGCACCGGAAAAAGUCACCUUACUUAUUGGGCGAUUAUUCCUUGGGAUAGGCAUAGGAUUUGCAUCAAUGAUAGUGCCAAUUUAUCUUGGUGAAGUUGCUCCAUCACACGUAAGAGGCCUCUUUCUUACAUCUUUUCAACUUAUGAUCACUUUCGGUUUAAUGGCAUCAAAUAUCAUUGCAGGAGCACUCUCGUAUAUUGACCCCGUAAAAGUUGGGUGGAGGUUAAUGUUUGGUUUUGCAGCAAUUCCAGCUGUUAUUCAAUUCAUUGGCUUUCUCUUUUUACCGGAAAGUCCAAGGUGGCUUUAUAGUCAUGAAAUGAAAUACGACGCUGAAAAAGUCCUAAACAAUAUAUAUGGAAAUAAUAUAGAAUGGGUGGAAUAUGAAAUUCAAGAAAUUACUGAAGCUCAUGAAGAAGAAGAACGGGCUAAAAAAAUUAUCGGAGAUUCCUUGACAAUUGCGCGCGUAUUGAGAACGGCACAUGUUCGUAAAGCAUUAAUAAUUGGCUGCCUUCUUCAGGCUCUUCAGCAGUUUGCUGGUAUCAAUACCAUAAUGUAUUAUACAGGAACGAUUAUUAGAUCAUCUGGUGUGCGAGAUAUUCAGAUUACCAUUUGGAUUUCUGUUGGUAUUUCAGCUGUGAAUUUCUUUGCUACCUUUAUUCCGCUUUAUCUUAUUGAAAAAAUUGGUAGACGAGUUCUGUUAUUAUUAUCAGUAGCUGGUGUUAUCUUAGCACUUAUUGCAAUGGGUGUUGCAUUUCUUCUCAUUAACAAAGAAUCGGCCUUGGUUAUACCAUAUAAUAUAACUAGCUUCAGUGAUCAUUUGAGUGACAGAGCAGUUCGAUGUAGCUCAUACAGAAACUGCGAUCUUUGCGUCACUGAUGAACAUUGUGGUUUCUGUGAAAUUAAAAAUAUAUCAAGAACUGGCAUUUGCGCGCCUUUCAAUGAAUCAGAUUCGGCUUUAUCUGCAUUUGGACCAUGCUCAAGAGACCCAAUCGACGCAAGCUAUGAUUGGGCCGACAAUUACUGCCAUACUAAAUAUACAGUGUUGCCGAUUAUUGUGAUGGUUGUUUAUCUCGCAUCUUUUUCAGUCGGCUUCGGACCACUACCAUGGGCACUUAAUGCCGAGUUUUACCCUAAUUGGGCGAGAGGAACAUGUUGCUCAUUAUCUACUUUCACAAAUUGGGUGUUUAACCUGGUUAUCUCACUGACAUUCCUGACUCUCAGUGAACACGCAACAAAAUAUGGUGCAUUUUUCAUAUAUGCGGGAAUAACAUGUUUCUCAUUCGUAUUCUUCUUCUUCUUCGUGCCAGAAACAAAAGGAUACAACAUUGAAGAAAUUGAAUUAUUGUUUAUGUCGAAGAAAAAACGUAAAGCAGUUAUAACAGCACAGGACACAAACUUAACCAAAGAAUUUAGCCUACAUAACGAUAAUGAAAAACAAACUGCAAUUGAUUCGUAUCAGCAUGAGAACAAUUUUUAA